AGCUCCGCACAUCAUCCACAGCGAGCGUUAGAACAGUGUAAAUUUUCUGUUAAAAGCGAGUUCUUUCUUCAUCAUCCUCAUUUCAGUAGACCAGCCACUACCGCUUACUUUUUCCCUUUCUUUGUAGCCAUCUAUAUCAGCUGCCCCGGCGCUCCACAUUUAUUUUUGAUAUAUAUAUAUAUAUAUAUAUAUAUAUAUUUAUUCUUCCGGGCAGGGCGUAGGUCACCUUCUUCUUCUUGGCCGGCGGCGCCGUCACCUCCACCACCUGGUUCGGUGCAGGGUUCGGCAGCGCAUCUCCGUUACGCGCCUUCUGCUGGACCCUGUCGGUGGUGGCCGCCUCGUCGAAGGUGCGCUUGCUGCCCGACCGGCGUGCGCUGCUCUGGCUCUUCGACAUCUGCUUCACAUGGUCGAGGGCCUUGUUGGGCAACGCACCAGAGCCGGAGGCGGCUGCGUUGACCUGCGUGAAGGAGUAGGUCUGGAGCCCAGAUCGGCUCUGCGUCGCCGCGGCAGAGGAGUCCAUUUCGGCAGUUCUGUAGUCGGAACUCGCGGCGAUUUUCGUUUUUGAUUAUUACUCAGUUCUACGCUGACACACACACACACACACAGACACGCGCCAAUCACAGUGAGGUGUGAGCGGAAAGAGAAGAGAAAGUGGACGGCGAGCGAAGUGCAGCGGCUGUUGUGAAGCGACGGCGUCACCACAAAGGCUGGGGAGUUAGGGUGUGCGUGUGAAUAUAGGCAGGAUAGAGAGAGACGGGAGGAGGACCCCUUAAACUGGUACAGGUGCUAGAGGAGAGGGGAGAUAUACAAAGCCAAAGGAGAAAACGAACGAGGCAGCGAGGAGGGAAGAAAAGAAAGGAAAAGGUACGUCCAAGCGUCUAAGGUCACCAAAGGGAGGAAGAACAAUAUAUAUAUAUAUAUAUAUAUAUAUAUACAAAAUAAAUAGCACCAGAACAUGGAGGAGGGCCACUUCUACGUCGUGCUCGGCGAGGACAUCGACGUGUCCACGCAGCGCUUCAAGAUCCUGUCGCUGCUGGGCGAGGGCACCUUCGGCAAGGUCGUCGAGUCGUGGGACCGCAAGCGCAAGGAGUACUGCGCCGUUAAGAUCGUGCGCAACGUCCCCAAGUACACCCGCGACGCCAAGAUCGAGAUCCAGUUCAUGGAGAAGGUGCGCCAGGCGGACCCGGCGGACCGCUUCCCGCUCAUGAAGAUCCAGCGCUACUUCCAGAACGACAGCGGCCACAUGUGCAUCGUCAUGCCCAAGUACGGCCCCUGCCUGCUGGACUGGAUCAUGAAGCACGGCCCCUUCAGCCACCGCCACCUCGCGCAGAUCGUGUUCCAGACCGGCGUCGCGCUCGACUACUUCCACAGCGAACUCCACCUCAUGCACACGGACCUCAAGCCGGAAAACGUUUUGAUGGAAACCACUGACACUGCGGUCGACCCGGUGACGAACCGGCAGGUGCCGCCGGACCCGUGCCGUGUGCGUAUCUGCGACCUCGGUGGCUGCUGCGAUGAGCGCCACAGCCGCACCGCCAUCGUCUCCACGCGCCACUACCGCAGCCCCGAGGUCAUCCUCGGCCUCGGCUGGAUGUACUCGACGGACAUGUGGUCCAUGGGCUGCAUCAUCUACGAGCUCUACACCGGCAAGCUGCUGUACGACACGCACGACAACCUCGAGCACGUGCACCUGAUGGAGAAGACGCUGGGCCGCCUGCCGAGUGAGUGGGCCGGCCGCUGCGGCACGGAGGAGGCGCGGCUGCUGUACAACUCGGCGGGCCAGCUGCGGCCCUGCACGGACCCCAAGCACCUCGCCCGCAUCGCGCGUGCGCGUCCGGUGCGGGACACGGUGCGCGACGACCUGCUGUGCGACCUGAUCUACGGCCUGCUGCACUACGACCGCCAGAAGCGGCUGACCGCGCGCCAGAUGGCGACGCACCCCUACGUGCUGAAGUACUACCCCGAGGCGCGCCAGUCGCCCAGCCACCCCGACAACCGCCCCACGCUGCGUCCCCCGCCGAUUAUGUGA